CUCCUCCCUUUGCCUUACAAAAAAAGCAUCCGCAGAAAUCGAAUAAAUAACAGCACCCAGAAUCCUGCACGUACUGUACAGAGUAAUAGCAGUCUGUCGUCCUUACCAUUUCACUUAAACGCUAGACGUCUAAGGUACGCUGUGGUUAAACAUCAACUUAGAAGAAAAAGGAAAAAAAAAACAUGCUCAGUGAAAGCAGAAGGGGGCGGGCGAGGCAGAGCGCAGGUCUUCAUUUCGUGUCUGUCAGCGAAAUGCGAGGGACGCCUUUUUGGAUUUCUUACUAAAUUCUCCGAUUGUCACCAAACCGUGUGCUCCCUUUAUUCUUCAGAUUAAGAAAAAAAUAAUAGAUUUUUUUGUUGUUGUGUUUAGUUUUCACGCAAUAGCUGGAGCUGGAGCAGAGGUGUAAGCGAGGCACCAGUAACACAGAUAACAACAAAAGGGAAAUUGCUUUGUUCCGAUUUUAAUAAACAACAACAACAAUAAUAAUAAUAAUAAUAAUAAUAAUAAAUAAAAACCUAACCAAAAUGGACAAUUUAGAAAAGAGACCUACAUCAGAAGAAGAGCUUGAAUCGCCAGAAGAGGAGGACGUUGAUCCGAGAAUACAGGGGGAACUUGAAAAACUGAACCAGUCAACAGAUGACAUAAAUAGAUGGGAAACAGAAUUGGAGGAAGCCCGUCAGAAGUUCCGAUCCGUGUUGGUAGAAGCUACAGUCAAGCUUGAUGAGCUGGUGAAGAAGAUUGGAAAAGCUGUGGAAGAGUCCAAACCUUACUGGGAGGCCCGCAGAGUAGCCCGGCAGGCUCAGCUGGAGGCUCAGAAAGCCACUCAGGAUUUCCAGAGGGCCACCGAGGUGCUGCGAGCCGCCAAGGAGACCAUUGCACUGGCAGAGCAGAGGCUGCUGGAGGAUGACCAGAGGCAGUUUGACUCUGCCUGGCAAGAAAUGCUCAACCACGCCACCCAGCGGGUAAUGGAAGCUGAGCAGACCAAGACCCGGAGUGAGCUGGUGCACAAGGAGACUGCGGCCAAGUACAACGCUGCCAUGAGCCGCAUGAAACAGCUGGAGAAGAAGCUCAAGCGAGCCAUCAAUAAGUCAAAGCCAUAUUUUGAACUGAAGGCAAAAUACUACAUGCAGCUUGAGCAAUUGAAGAAGAAUGUAGAUGAGUUGCAGGCCAAGCUGUCCCUUUCAAAAGGCGCGUACAAGACGGCCCUGAAGAACCUGGAAAUUAUCUCAGACGAGAUCCAUGAGAGGAGACGGUCCUCAGCCAUGGGCCCACGGGGCAGAGGGGUGGGGGCUGAGGGAGACAGCAUCGCUGAGGGAGACAGCAUCACUGGGGACGACAUCUCCAACUUCAAGCUGGAGUCCGACGGCAUCUCCAUGACCUCGGAGGUGUUUGAGGAUGAUAACUGCAGCAGUGUUGUAUCGGAGGAGGAUUCCGAGACCCAGUCCAUGUGCAGCCUGAGUUCGUACCCGACCAGUCCCAUGGAGAUGCCUUGCUCUUUCCCCCAUUCCUCUCGACCCAGCAGCCUGGACCUGGCCAGCCCAGUGUCGCUCUCUGAUUUCGGGCUGCUCUCCCCGGUCCUGGGGCCACGUAGUGAGUGCAGUGGAGCUUCGUCUCCGGAGUGUGAUCUUGAACGAGGGGACCGAGCGGAGGGUGCUGAAGCUGAGCUUGAGAACGUGCUCAACAACAACAAGAAAACCAGCAGCCUGAAUAGCCGAAUGAGCCUUCUCACUCUGAAACGCACCAAGACAGACAACCAGAAUAGGGAUCGCUUCAGCCUGGCCCAGCACCCCUCUGCCUCUGCAGUAUUCGUGAAUGGAAUCUGACCUGGAAUUCUCCACUUCACAAAGCCCCAAAUGUGCCAAGGAACAUUGUGCUAACAAUCUUUAUUCUUGAUGGUCUCAUAUCAUUAAGCUUUCUUGUUAUUAAGAACUGCACUGAAAGGUUGCUGACAAUGAGUUUACUUUUUCUUUUUUCUUUCACACACACACUUAAGAUAACAAGGUCUUUUGGUCGGUUUUACUACCGUAAUGCUUAAAUACAUUGUAAGUAGGACUUGCAUAGGAUCCAGCUUAAACAACACCCCUAUGCAAUGUGCAUUCUCUUAUAUAAUAGUUAUAAUAAUAAGCCUUAUCAGCUCUGUCUCCUACUCCAGCCUGUUUGUUUGUCCUUCUGAUGACCUACGCUGACGUUUUACAUCGAGCUCUAGAGAAAGCAAGCCUUCUGUUGUGUUGCUAUGUAUUGCCACCUACAGCAGGGAACAAGUGAUCACCUGACAUAUCAUUCACAGACUCUGAAUCAAGUACUUUUUAACCACUUAGUGGUACAUUGAAUUGGUACUGUGAAUAGAAGCUAUUCGUCUUUGUAGUGCCCAGCUGUACAGAGAUUUCCAUUGCACUGGAGCUGAAGGCAUUCAAUGAAUAACAUGGUCCUGUUUAGCUGAUAUACCAGGUGCAUUAUGCUAUAGUGGCCAAUGUCUGUUUUUAUGUUUUAUGUUGUCAAAGCACCACCACCAGCAUAAGCAGAAACACACACCAAAUUAGACUGUUAUUUAUGUUAAAUGUUUGGGGGAAAAAAAAGGAAAACCCUGAAACACAGUUUUAACUGAAAGAACCUAGCCAAUCCAGUAUUGCUUUGUUGCCAGACCAGGAGAUAGUAAGUAACAAUACCAAUGAGGGAAAAAGACCAGGAAGGACUGGCGGCCAGUCGUUUAUUGACCGGUUUUUAAAGUCCUUCGUGACCCACUCCACACAUGAGAGCUAAUGGAUUUGUAACACUUUGUCACUUCAGAUCAGGGAUUCCUCUGACCUUUUCCAGUUUAAGGAGCCAGCUUGCCAAAUCACCCAGGGGGCGGAGCUGUGUUCAACAGUACAUGGUAAAACCUUGAGAAUGAACGGCAAAUACAAAGAAGUGGUAUAGCACACAGCAUUUGCUUACACAGCAUCAUUGGUACCUCUUGAAUGCAAUGGUGUGCAUUGACCCAGAAGAUAGAGAGGAUUUAUCUUUUUUAGCUACCAUUAAGAAAUCAGGACUGAAUUAUUCGCAAAACCUUUGCACUGCUUUCUUAUUUCUUUUUCUUUUUUAGUUUAUCUGUGAAUGUAUUAAUGUAUUGUAAAGUAAAUACUGUAAAUCUAUUGUGCAAGUUGCCAUAGCAGUAUGGAAGGAUAAGUCUUGCUUCGAAUAUGUAUAUUAGUGUUCUACUGGUACAGUAAUCCCACCACAGCUUGUUCACCCAAUAAACAGCUCUUCACUGCAGAA